CCAUUUUCUUUUCUAAUUAAAGAAAAAAAAAGUCCAUUUCUGUGCCCUUUUCCUUUGACUUUUCCACUAAACCAAAAAGCUCACACUUUUCUUCAUGUUUCUUUCUUUUACUCUCUUUAAUCUUACCUACUACUAGCUUUUCAUCUUUCUUUUACUCUCUUUAAUCCAGUUCAAAGAAACUGGAUUUAAAUUUCUUUCUCUUUAGUAAUUCAUACUAAAACAAUCUGUAAUCAAUUUUGCUUUUCAUUUUUAUUUGAGAAAAAAAAUUUAAAAUUUUAGCUGAAAGAUGGCUAAUCGGCAAGUAAAUUUCAAUCAGCAGAUAGACUACGUCUUUAAAGUGGUACUGAUCGGAGACUCGGCGGUUGGAAAAUCGCAGCUUUUGGCUCGGUUCACGAGGAACGAGUUUAGUUUAGAAUCUAAAGCCACGAUCGGAGUCGAGUUUCAGACUAAAACCAUUGUUAUUGAUCACAAAACUGUCAAAGCUCAAAUUUGGGAUACCGCGGGUCAAGAACGAUAUCGAGCUGUGACAAGUGCAUACUACAGAGGUGCAGUUGGGGCAAUGCUUGUCUAUGACAUAACCAAGCGUCAGUCAUUUGAUCAUAUAGCCAGGUGGUUAGAGGAACUACGGGAGCAUGCUGAUAGUAACAUCGUCAUCAUGCUUGUAGGUAACAAGUCUGACCUAGGAACCCUUCGAGCUGUACCAACCGAGGACGCCAAAGAAUUUGCCCAAAAGGAAAGCCUUUUCUUUAUGGAGACAUCGGCCCUUGAGGCUACUAAUGUUGAAUCGGCUUUCCUUUCCAUCCUGACAGAGAUUUACCGAAUAAUCAGCAAGAGGACCCUUAUUGCAAAUGAACACGAAUCUGGAGGGAAUGCUUCCCUUCUCAAGGGAACUAACAUUGUUGUCCCUGGACGGGAGCCAGAAAUGGCAGUGGGAGGAAGGAAUUCAGGUUGUUGUGGUGGAUCAUAGAGUUUUCAUCCUUUCAUGCUGCAUCUCAUGGGUUUGUGUUUGAGUGUCAGCAGAAAAUUGUACGGGACCUUUGGAGUUUCGUAUAUAAGAUAAUUGACUUUUCACUCUUCUGCGAGGACUUACUGGCUCAUUUGCACAUAGGCUUGUCGAGCUCACACUUGAAAUGUUGUGAUAUAUAUGAAACUACAUGGUUGUAAACCAAAAUCAACUCUUUUUUAUGAUUAAUUAGUUAGCAGUUGUUGACAGCCUAAACAAAAACGGUUCUCUUGAUUAGAUUAUAAAUGAAAUUACAUGCGUUGUACAAAAUUGAGAAUAUUAAUUUGGCUCCUGAAUGACUUUUGAUUUCAAUAA